AUGGCGUGGCGGUUCACCUGGCCAUCCACAAAAUGCAGGUGGCGACGGGCAGUGCAAAUGUUCCUGGAGAUGCCAGAGAAACAGUUGGCUGUGGACCUCCGAGCGCUGCUCGGCGUGCUGAGCGCUGAACGCUGGAGGGCGUCUGAGAAGAGGGGUGACCCCGCACAGGUCGGCGCAGGCCUUCGAAAGGCUUUGAGCAGCUGCCGCAAGGGACGUGCCUGGCGUUGGGCACUUGUGCUCCUGGACGACUUUGAAGGAGCGGAGCAUCUUCGGUUGGCACAAGCUCGGCUCCACCCCUGUUGGGCUGGAGGCUCCCAGGGUGGACGCUACCACCCUCCGCCAACGGCCAUUUCCGCCUGUGAAGGAGGCAGCCCCUGA